UACUGGUCCAAGUUGCACUCUAUGAAUCUGUCUAUUCAGGGUCCAAAAAAGCACCCAAACAGGAAGAUGGACAAACACAUAAUUAAUCUGGAUCAAACUAGUAGCACUCACUCACAAUACUCUCAUUCAGAGAGAGAGGGGAGGGGAAGGAGUAUACAUGGCUGUUGUGUAACUCUCUCCUUGCCAAUCAGAGUGUCUCUUCCUCAGACCCCUCCCCUGCUUCAGCUAGAUUUAUAGUGGCCCCCUGCUCUGCUCUAAUGUUGCUUCAGCUCCUCAAAGUCUGAGCAGUCAGGGGUCCACACAGCUGCAGGAUUAUGGCACCGGGAAAGAAGGGAAUCUUGGAGCGUCUCGACGCUGGGGAGAUUGUGAUCGGAGAUGGGGGCUUCGUGUUUGCUCUGGAGAAGAGAGGCUACGUAAAGGCCGGGCCCUGGACCCCUGAAGCAGCCGCGGAGCAUCCUGAAGCAGUGCGUCAGCUGCACAGAGAGUUCCUGAGGGCUGGGGCUAAUGUCAUGCAGACCUUCACUUUCUAUGCCAGUGAUGACAAACUGGAGAACAGAGGCAACAAGCUCAGCUUCACUGGAGCUCAGAUCAAUGAGGCCGCCUGUGAUUUGGCUCGUGAAGUUGCCAACGAGGGCGAUGCUCUGGUUGCAGGUGGAGUGUGUCAGACUCCAUCAUACCUCAGCUGCAAGAGCGAGACAGAAGUAAAGGCCAUCUUUAAGAAACAGCUGGAUGUGUUCGUCAAAAAAGAUGUGGACUUCCUGAUUGCUGAGUACUUUGAGCACGUUGAAGAGGCCGUGUGGGCUGUGGAGGUGCUGAAGGAGACAGGGAAGCCAGUGGCUGCAUGUCUCUGUAUCGGGCCAGAUGGAGACAUGCACGGUGUCUCACCUGCUGAGUGUGCAGUCAGACUGGUCAAAGCCGGUGCCCAGAUCGUUGGAAUCAACUGCCACUUUGACCCAAUGACCUGCGUGAAAGCUGUCAAGAUGAUGAAGGAGGGAGUGGAGGCAGCCGGGCUGAAGGCUCACUACAUGGUGCAGCCCCUGGCUUACCACACACCUGACUGCAACUGUCAGGGAUUCAUCGACCUCCCAGAAUUCCCCUUUGGUCUAGAGCCCAGGAUCCUGACCCGCUGGGACAUGCACAAGUACGCCAGAGAGGCCUACAACGCAGGCAUCCACUUCAUCGGUGGUUGCUGUGGGUUUGAGCCUUAUCACAUCAGGGCCGUCGCAGAGGAGCUGGCACCAGAGAGAGGCUUCCUCCCCGCUGCAUCAGAGAAACAUGGAAACUGGGGUGCUGGUCUGGAGAUGCACACCAAGCCCUGGGUCAGAGCCAGAGCCCGCCGUAACUACUGGGAGAACCUGAAGCCAGCCUCCGGCCGUCCCCUGUGUCCCUCUCUCUCCAGCCCUGAUGGCUGGGGUGUCACCAAGGGCCACUCUGAUCUCAUGCAGCAGACAGAGGCCACCUCUCAGGACCAACUCAAGCAGCUGUUUGAUAGGUCAAAGAGCCACUGAGCCAGUCUGUCCCCUUCAGUCUGUCUCCCUCAGACUGAGUCACACAGUUGUGCUGUGCAGCUACUGAUGCUGCACUGUGGUGUUUACUGUCUGUUUACAGAGCUGAAACUAACAAACAUGAUGUUAGAGGCUGAUUCUUCACUUGAGACUGAAUCUAUUCUGUGCAUGUGUCGAAUGUUAACCUAGUUUAUGUGAAGUCAGUGGUGUUUUAAGCGAAGAGUCAGCCCAUGUUAAGAUUGGGACCCUUUUGCUUUCCAUGGACCAGUUUGUUUAAUAAAAACAAUCUAAUAAAAUGUGAAUUGGUCACCUGA